ACAUCUUACAAUCCCAGAGUGUUUCUCAAGUGUUUCUACCAGUUUUUGCUUUGUUGUCAAUUAAAUACCAGUUCUCUUAUCGAUAUUUAAUGUGUAUUGUUAUAAUAACGCAUUUCUAAAUGUAAAAUUGAUUUUAUUCUAAGAGCAGUUUUAACCAGAAAAAAUUAACGAAGCUUAUACGUUAUUAAUGUAAUGUUUAUCUCAUCUCGUGAAGAUUCAUCAUCAUAUAAUUGAGUUCAAAGAUAAAAUCCUCUAUUAUUACAUAGUGUGGUGAAAAUAUGAAUUUUUAUUUUUUUUUGAAAAAAGAAUGUUUAGCUACUCAGGAAAUUAUAUGAAUAAAUUGUCAAGGAUGUCGGAUAUUAAAUUAGCAAUUAUUAACUACUUAGGAAGAAUCUGAAGACCGACAAGAAUAUUGUAUAAAUAUUUUCAGUGUGAAGAAUUUAAUCUUGAACAAUGAUGGAGUUAAGUCACAGUUUGACUCUUAAUGAGGAUGCUCUCAAUCAAAUACCUGAAGCAAAACGACCAGUUUUUGUUUUUGAAUGGUUACGAUUUUUGGAUAAGGUUCUGAUUGCUGCUCAAAAAAAUGAUAUUAAAGGAUGUCAACAAAAAUUGGUGGAACAAUUGACGAAGCAUAUGCAAGGAGCACCAGGACCACCGACACGUCGAUUAAUUGCAAGAUGUCUUGCAACAUUAUUUAGCGUUGGCGACACAUUUUUACUUUUUGAUACAGUCAACAAAUGCAAUGACAUUCUUAAAAAUAAAGACGAUUCUCCUAGUUUUCUUCCCACCAAAUUAGCUGCCAUAUGUUGUGUCGGUUGUAUGUAUGAGAAAUUGGGAAGAAUGAUGGGACGUUCUUAUGAGGAGACGGUUCAAAUUUUAAUAAAGUCCUUCCGUUCAGCAGAAUCGCAGACUCGAAUUGAAAUAAUGUCCACUUUGGAAAAGGUUUGCGCUGGAAUGGGAUCGGCAAUUACCAACGUACAUAAGGAAAUUUACAAAGUAUGUCGACAUUGUUUAACUGAUAGAGUUAUGGCUGUCAGAUGCGCCGCUGCUAAGUGUCUUCUUGAGAUGUUGAAUCAUUCACCAUUCCUGUACACGACGGAAAUUGAAAGUGUAGCGACUCUUUGCUUUCGGGCAUUCGAGGGCUCGAAUUAUGAAGUUAGAUGUUCGGUUGCAAAACUUCUAGGAGCACUUGUCGCAAUGACACAAAUUCCACCACCCAAGGGACAAAAUCCUUCUGCCACUCAGAGUAAAGCAAUGAAACAAAUAUCUCUGGAAGAGGUGUUAAAUAUCUUAAUGUCGGGAUUUCUAAGAGGCGGUGUUGGCUUCCUCAAAGGAACCGGAGAAAUAAUUAAAGGAAGUUCCGGAGUUAAUAGAGAAGUACGAGUCGGUGUAACCCAUGCUUAUGUGGUGUUUGUUCAAAUAUUGGGCGGCACUUGGCUGGAGCGAAACAUUGGGACAUUGGUGGCUCACGUUUUAGAUUUAGUUGCCAAUCCAAAAGCCGCGAGUUCUCACGUGGACGCUGUUUACUCGCGAAAGUGUAUUAAUUUUAUUUUACGAGGAACUAUUGGAAAAUUAUUGGGUGAAGGCGCUCAGGCCGCGGCUUGCAAAGAAAUAGCGCAUAUUAUUUUAAAACAAAUGAAUUCAAUUGAUUUCAGUCCGGAAAAUGCAAAAGACUUCAAUCAGGAAACUUUGUUCAGUCAACAUUUAUUGGUUUGUGCAUUACAAGAAAUGGGAAAUUUAAUUUUGGGCCUGGGAACAACAGCGUCUAAUCUUUUAUCGGACCAAUCGUUGAAUUUGAUUGAUACUGUGAUGGCGGUUUUGGUACAUCCGUGCCAAGCAGCUCGUCUUGCAGCAGCUUGGUGUUUGCGCUGCAUUUGCGUUGCUGUUCCAAGUCAAAUAACACCAUUGAUUGAUCGCUGUGUGGAAGGAAUUGAAAAUAUGCGAAGUUCUCCCGAAGCAAUAACAGGAUAUAGCAGCGCAUUGGCCGCAGUAUUGGGAAGCGUUCGAUUAUCACCACUUGGUGUGCCUCACACGAAAGGAAAGAUAAUUUUCAAUACGGCUGAGGAAUUAUUGAGGAGUGCGAGUCAAAAUAGUAGAUUAUCAUUGAAUAGAACACACGCGGGAUGGCUUUUGAUUGGAGCGAUAAUGACAUUGGGAACGGCGGUUGUUAAAGGAUUAUUGCCAAGAAUGUUGUUGCUUUGGAGGAAUUCAUUUCCAAGAUCGAGCAAAGAGCUUGAGAGUGAAAAAGCUCGUGGAGACGCAUUCACUUGGCAAGUGACAUUGGAAGGAAGAGCUGGAGCAUUGUCGGCAAUGCACAGUUUUCUGCUGCACUGUCCAGAACUUUUAAAUGACGACAUCACAAGAAGAUUACUUACGCCAAUUGAAUCUGCUCUCGCCAUGCUUACAAAUUUAUCGACUGUUUUGAAAAGCUAUGGUCAACAAUUGAAAGCUCCAGCUGCAAUGGUUCGUUUACGUCUCUACGAAACUUUACUGCUUUUACCGUCUCAGACGUUUGAAGGCUCCUACACUCAUUUACUGAGAAUGCUGGUUUCGGAAUUUACUUUGACGGAUAAUCCGGGAAAUACGACGACUUCUAUGCUUCGUGCCGUUUGCCAUGCGAAUGACUCGGUUAUUCUUGGUACCUGGUUGCAAGAAACUGAUCAUCGAACGAUUGAAGAUCAAAUGGAACCGAACAGAAGGGCGGAUUUGGAACAUUUGCAGCCAAAUAGUGCGGCAGGUUCAGGUGCUUUGGAACAUAAUUCCUGCUGUUUGUAUCGUCCAGUUCCACCUAAUGAUUCAAUUCCUGGUCCAUUACCAUUGGGCGUUGCUGUUAUUGACCUUUCUGUUUCACUAUUUGGACAAAUUUUCCCACGUGUUGCUAAUAAGCAUAGAUUACAAAUGUUGGAUCAUUUUAGCGAAUGUAUUAAACAUGCAAAAUCGGGUAGACAAGAAGCCAUUCAAAUGAAUAUUUUCACUGCUGUUCUCAGUGGAUUAAAGGGACUCAAUGAAGCGAAAACUGGAUUUGGUCAAGAGGAUGUCAAAAAAUCGGCGACAAAUAUUAUUAUUAGUACGUUAAUAAGUAGCAAUGCGAUUUUGAGGUGGGCCGCAGGCGAGGCUGUGGGAAGAAUGGCUCAAGUGAUUUCCGAUCCGAAAUUUACGGCAGAAUUGGCGCAGACAAGUUUCGAUAGAUUAAAAUCAGCUCGCGAUGUUGUUAGUCGAACAGGUCAUUCCUUGGCUUUGGGAUGUCUUCAUAAAUAUGUCGGUGGCAUGGGAUCUAGUCAGCAUCUUAAUACGAGUGUCAGUAUUUUAUUGGCACUUGCACAGGAUAAUUCGUCACCUGUUGUGCAGGUUUGGUCAUUGCACGCUCUUGCUUUAAUAGCCGAUUCUGGAGGACCAAUGUUUAGAGGAUAUGUAGAACCAACUUUAUCUCUGGCUCUUACACUUUUGUUAAAUGUUCCUCAUUCUUAUAUCGAUGUUCAUCAGUGUAUUGGAAAAGUUCUCGCUGCCCUUAUCACAACAAUUGGACCAGAACUUCAAGGAAAUACGUCUUCUAUUUGUAUGGCGAGAUCCUCUUUCCUGUGCGCUUGUGCUAUAAUGCAAGAUCAUCAGGAUCCUCUUGUUCAAGCAGAAGCGACCGGAUGUUUGCAACAAUUGCAUUUAUUCGCCCCAAGACACGUCAAUCUCUCAUCUUUAGUUCCCACUCUAUGUCGAACACUAUCGAGUAAUCAUUUGCUUCUGCGGAAAGCAGCCAUCUCUUGUUUGAGACAAUUGACUCAACGAGAAGCGAAAGAAGUUUGCGAACAUGCAAUGACACUUGCCAAUGAGAGUCGAGACACGAAUAUUGUUGAGGGUCUCGUAAUAACCGAAACUGGCCUCCCUGGGGUUUUAUUCAGCAUGCUCGACACCGAAAGCGACAGUCAAUUAAUCAAAGACAUUCACGACACUUUAACCAGUAUGCUCCAAAUUUUAGCGUCUGACAAUUUGUCCCAAUGGUUAUCACUUUGCAAGGAUGUCCUCACAGUAGCAACUGAGUCGAGUACAGUGGAAGAAGUGACGAACGUGAAUAAUGAGGAGACAGUGGCGGACAAUGAGAAUGUGGACGCUGAAGGUGACGACGAUCAGGUUGAAUUUCACGCUGACGAAUCGUCGAAACAACGGCAAACUGUAACGCCGAGAUGGCCGACAAGAGUAUUUGCUGCUCAAUGCGUUCGACGAAUUGUCGCCGCUUGUAUGAUCGAUCGACAAGCACAUUUGGAUUUAUCACUGGCUAAAGAAAUGCAAUCGAUAAAGGGAAGAAGUGAUUUUCUCGUUCUACAUCUCUCUGAUCUUGUGAGAAUGGCAUUUAUGGCAGCGACCAGCGAUUGUGAUCCUCUUCGUUUAGAAGGUCUUAAAACCUUGCAGGAAAUCAUCGAUAAAUUUGCCAAAGUUCCUGAACCCGAAUUUCCCGGUCAUCUUCUCCUCGAACAAUUCCAAGCACAGGUCGGAGCCGCGUUGAGACCGGCAUUCUCGUCGGAGACACCGCCGCACGUGACGGCGGCGGCUUGCGAGGCGUGCAGCGCAUGGAUUGGCAGUGGAGUCGCGAGGGAUCUCAAUGAUUUGCGACGUGUUCAUCAAUUGUUGGUGUCAUCGCUUGAAAAAUUACGCGAGGGUCACACUUUACCGCAACUUUAUAAUGAAAGUUUGUCCACUCUGGAGAGACUUGCGAUUUUAAAAGCCUGGGCGGAAGUCUACGUGGUGGCAAUGAUUAACGAGGGAUCGGCUCCUGAUUAUCGUGAAGAUGCACUACGUAAUGCGAAACAAAUCAAGGAAAAUGACGAGGAGGAGGGUUUUGGCGAUUUUGAAUUUCAAAACGAGAGUCUCUUGAGUCUGGUGCAACCGGAACUGUUAAGUUUGAGUCAAUAUUGGCUCGCAGCUCUACGAGAUCACGCUCUUCUCUCCCUUCCGCCAGAAUUUUCGAGUCAAUUGCCACAUGAUGGUGGGGCUUUCUACACAACUGACACAAUGGAAUCGGCACGUCCUUACUAUUCAGAGUCGUGGGCUCCUAUUCUCUAUGCAGCGACACUUUGGUUAAAUGCCCGUGAAUUUAAAACAGACGAAUCGCCUGAUUCGAAUACUAAAAAUUCCGAUGGAACAAAUAAUAAUACGGCGAGUUCGACGAAUUGUUCGUCGAGUAAAUCGAGUAAAAAUGUUGAACGUUUCCAUUUACUUUUCGGUAUAUGUAUGGAAGCACUUUGCAGUCCCAGGUCUUCCGAAUCGACGCAAAAUAUAGAAACUUGUUUGAGUGCUUUGUACACUUUGCUCGAUUCACAAUGGGCUCGUAAAGUUUUAAUGACUGAUCGUUCGUUGCCAAUAGAACUUUGUAAUGUCCUCCAUAGAUUAUUGUUGACGAGGGAGAAUUAUGCGAUUCAAAUAAUGACAAUGGAAGUUUUGAAGCAAAUCAUGAAAUCAGCGCAAGAGGAUCUUGUUGAUAGGAAGAAGACAAACAGUAAAUCGGAAUUAGCGUCAGACAAUGAGGAAGGAAAGGAAAAUCCGGAACUUGAUCUAAUUGGCGAAGGUGAUGAAAAAGGGGAGCUAAUUCCAGGAAAGUCAUUAGUUUUUGCAGUUCUCGAAGUUUGUUUGUGUCUCCUAGUUCGACAAAUACCGGCAUUAAAUCCAAAUCCAGGCGGGACGACUGCUAUUUUAUCGCAACGUCGUUAUACUCCAUCUGAGAAAAGUGGCAAACUUAUAGCUUCCACUCUUUCCGUUAUGGAAAUUCUUCCAAAUCUCUGCUCUCCAGCUGGAGCGACGGCGAUUCUUCCAACCCUGCUUUUCUUGACGACUGGAGUAAUUCGGGAAACAGCGAUACGAUCGAAUGAUGUUAUUAGAACAGGAUCGGAGACUCCUGUUCACGCUGCACUUCAUUGUUUAAAAACGCUGACUGUUAAUAAAUAUUCGAAAGAUCCACGCAGUCAAAGACAAUGGACUUCACUUCUGCAAAGCGCUCUUGCCAAAAUUAUCGAUCUGGCAAAAACAGGGAGCGAUGAAACAAAAAUGGAUGAGAUCGCAAUGAUGUUGGGUAUAGCGGUUUUUGUUCUUCAUGCACUACCGGAAGUUGUUAGCGCUCCCAAUUUGCAAUUUCCGUGUAUCAAUCAUUUCCGUCAAGCGAUGCAGUCUGAAAACAUUUCGAUUAAAUUGAAGUGCGCGCAGACAUUGAGGACAAUUUUCCAGCAUCCGGACCUUAGUAUCAGUACACCAUAUAUUCAUGCCCUGGCACCUAGAAUAGUUGAAUUUUUAUAUAGCGAAUCAAGUAAACAAGUUACAAAUGAUUCUGAACUGUCUUUUACAUUGGAAUGCAUUAUGUCAAUAGAGGGAUUAAUCGCACUUGCUGAACCUACGAAUCGAGAAUUAAUGCAAGGUAUUCAAAUGCUGACACUUUUGGUUCCAAUUUUGAUAAACUUUCUAUUGGAAGGUGACAAACUGCAACAUGGAACGAAAUAUCAAAUAAGCCUUCAUCAACAGAGUUUUCAAUGGCUGAAUAAAAUUGGUCCGAAGUAUCCUCAGGAAUUUAAGACACUUAUGUCCCAAUCGACAGAGUUGAAAACUAAAUUGGAAAAUGCCGUGCGAUUGAGCCAUUUACAAGCACAAAUGCUUUCCAGAACAUCCGAACCAGUUAAACCUCAAUUCAAAGUACUUGCACCUUCUAUUAAAUUGAAAACCGAUUUCUCCAAUUUUAAUUGAAACUUGGAAAACCAAAGUUUCUGAAUGUAAAUUCCAAAAUUCUAAAAAUAGUUUGAUUUUUGAUAUUUAUAAAUUAUAACAGUGUAUCGCGCUCACGUUUUUUUUAAGUAGCUUCCCAUUUUAUAUUUAUUUAGAACAUAUUUUAAAUGAAGAUUCCCUGCAAUUAGACUCGGAAUAUUUUUUUCGCAAGCAUUUAGUACUUAUCACAAAGCACACUAUUAUUCAUCAUUUGAUUAAGACGAUUAAGAUUAUUAAUUUAUAAAUUUAGUAAAUUUAGUAAAUUAAUGUGAAAAAAAAUUGGAAUUACACGAGUCCCGAAUCGAAAAAAUCGACACUAAUAGAUUUUUUUGAUUUUGAUUCAAAUAAAAAUUAGCAAUUAGUUCGACAACAUUUAUAAAUUCUGUUCUUUUUUUUAAAGAGAGAUAAUUCUAUUUUAAUCGAAAAUUUUUAGAUAUUUAUUUUAGAAAAAGAAAAGCCAUUUUUUGUGGGGGACUGAGAAAAAUAUUUCUGAGAAUUUUUUU